AUGACGCCAAUCGGGCUGGGACUAGAAGUUAUGUCAAGGCAACCGAGAGGCUGGCAAACGCUUGACAAAGCCGGUACAGAAGAUGUACCCCAGGUUAUUCCUUCAUCUUCCCUCGACGUUUCUAUUAAUUUUGUCCACCAGACCUGGGGUACAUCUUCUGUCCCGGCUUUGUCGAGCGUCUGCCAGCCUCUCGGUUGCCUUGGCAUAAAUUCUCGUCCCAGCCCGAUUGGCGUCAUAACAAUCGAACUCUGGAGCGAGAGUUGUAUGGGCCAACGGAGGAGAUGUCGGUUUGUUUGUUUACCAGGCCAGAUGAGUAGUUCUAAUGGUCUCGGACUUCUGACGGCCCUAUUUGUCCCAGAAAGCCGGACGCUCGGACAACAAUGCAAUCAAGGCCUGACGACAGGGAAAGUCGGGGAUUUAUUUGUUGCUGGGCCAGUCAUGAGGCCUAGUAAUGGGCAAUGGCGAGUGGGACACUAA